AAGUAAACACUAGAGUCUUAUCUUGGGGCAGCAGGGCGGCUAUAAGAAGAGAGGCCAUAAGUGACAUUAGCCUUUUGCUCACCAACCUGACAGCAGGAUGAAAUUCCUCGUGUUGGCUGUUCUGCUCACAGUGGGCGCUGCCCAGGAAGGCAUCAGCUCAAGGGCAUUAUGGCAGUUUCGUAGCAUGAUUAAGUGCACGAUCCCCGGCAGUGACCCCUUCAAGGAUUUCAACAACUAUGGCUGCUUCUGUGGCCUAGGUGGAUCAGGGACCCCUGUGGAUGAACUGGACAGGUGCUGCGAGACACACGACAACUGCUACACAGAUGCCAAGAACCUGGACAGCUGUAAAUUCCUCCUGGACAAUCCCUACACCAAAAGCUACUCCUAUUCAUGUUCUAACACUGAGAUCACCUGCAACAGCAAAAACAAUGCUUGUGAGGCCUUCAUCUGUAACUGUGACCGAAAUGCUGCCAUUUGCUUCUCAAAGGCCCCAUACAACAAGGAGCACAAGAACCUGGACACCAAGAAGUACUGUUAGAGCUAAGUACCACCCCUCGAAAAUGUCAUCCCUAUCUGCUUUAUAGCCUUCACCCGUACACUGUGCCCUCCAAUAAACACCUUAUUGAAAAGCC